AUGUUCCUUUCGUCUCCUUUGUUAAAAGAGUCUGCUCUCGCUAAAGGAAGAUCACUCUAUCCAAAAGUAACUGUAUUUUCGGAAGUUUUACCUCUUGCUUCAAAAAAUAUCAGUAACUCGAAGAGAGGGCGUCCAGCAGCAUCUUCAUGUACGCAAGAGCUGCAGGCUCUUUUUGGAUGUUUGAAGAAAUGGGAAUUCGAUGACAAGCCAUGUGAAAAACAACAUGCCGCUUAUAUGGACUGCGUCCACGAGUCGGAACGCGUCAUUCAAGAAUACAAAGAGGCAGCAGCAAAGGUAGUUAGAUUCCAUUCCUCUUGUUGUUCUUGCUUAUUCUCGCGGACUUGUUAUUGA